AAAUGAGUUUAGAUAUCACAAGAUUUUAAGCCUGCGAAAAUUACAAUUCUUUGGGAGCCGAGAAAAUAAACGAGGAGAUGAAUUCCUCGGCUCCUGGAUCGCGGAGUUGGUGAAGCACACCAACUUUUUUGGUCUCUGUGUAUAUAAAAUGGGAAAUGGCUCCCACGAGUGUCAGAUUUGCGCUUCUUUCUCUCUCUAUCUCUCUCUUGUGAGAUCUCUCUAAAAAUUUACUGUAAUUCUCUCGUCUCCACUUGCUGUUGGGCAAUUCUACUUCUUCCUCCGUAGUUGCUGCUUCUUUCCUUUAUUGGGUUUCCAAAAAUGAAGGUAAUUGACAAGAUAAAUGCAGCCAUUGGAGGAGCUGGACUACCAGAGGUUAAUGCAAAUGGCGGAGGAGACCCCAACAACAACAGGGUCGUUUUCUCCUUCGAAUUCUUCCCUCCCAAGACCGAGGAUGGUGUCGACAACCUCUUUGAGAGGAUGGACCGAAUGGUCUCUCACAACCCAUCUUUCUGCGACAUCACCUGGGGUGCUGGUGGCUCCACUGCAGAUCUAACUCUUGACAUCGCUAAUAAGAUGCAGAACAUGAUCUGCGUGGAGACGAUGAUGCACCUUACCUGUACUAAUAUGCCUGUUGAGAAGAUCGACCAUGCUCUCCAAACUAUCAAAUCUAAUGGCAUCCAGAACGUUCUUGCCCUUCGCGGUGACCCUCCUCAUGGCCAGGAUAAGUUCGUUCAGGUUGAAGGUGGCUUCGCUUGCGCUCUCGAUCUGGUGAAACAUAUCAGAUCCAAAUAUGGCGACUACUUUGGCAUUACUGUCGCUGGUUAUCCAGAGGCUCAUCCGGAUAUGAUCGGAAGCGAUGGGGUGGCUACAUCUGAGAAUUACCAGAAAGAUCUCGAGUAUUUGAAGCGAAAGGUUGAUGCUGGAGCUGAUCUAAUUAUCACUCAACUGUUCUAUGACACUGAUAUUUUUCUCAAAUUUGUGAAUGACUGCCGCCAAAUAGGGAUUAAUUGUCCUAUUGUUCCUGGAAUUAUGCCCAUUAAUAACUACAAAGGCUUCUUACGAAUGACUGGCUUUUGCAAAACCAAGAUACCAGCUGAGGUUGCUGCUGCAUUGGAGCCUAUUAAGGACAAUGAGGAAGCAGUCAGAGCCUAUGGAAUUCACCUUGGAACAGAAAUGUGCAAGAAGAUUUUUGUUCAUGGCAUUAAGACAUUGCAUCUUUAUACUCUAAACAUGGAGAAAUCAGCACUGGCUAUAUUAAUGAAUCUUGGUUUGAUUGAUGAGUCCAAGAUAACAAGGUCAUUACCAUGGCGACGCCCUACAAAUGUUUUCCGUGCAAAGGAAGAUGUUCGUCCAAUAUUUUGGGCUAAUCGUCCCAAGAGCUACAUAUCAAGAACCUUGAGCUGGGAGCAGUACCCACAUGGCCGAUGGGAGGAUUCUUGCAAUCCAUCCUAUGGUGCUUUAACUGACUAUCAGUUCAUGCGAGCACGUGCCCGUGACAAGAAACUUCACGAUGAAUGGGCAACUCCAUUGAAUAGUAUUGAAGAUAUCCUUGAGAAAUUUAAAAAACACUGCCUUGGGAAGUUGAAAAGUAGCCCUUGGUCAGAAUUGGAUGGCCUUCAACCAGAGACAAAGAUCAUUAAUGAACAACUUGGCAAGAUCAAUUUGAAGGGAUUCUUGACUAUCAAUAGUCAACCAGCAGUCAAUGGGGAAAGAUCUGAUUCUCCAUCUGUUGGUUGGGGAGGAUCAGGAGGAUAUGUUUAUCAGAAAGCUUAUUUGGAGUUCUUCUGCUCCACUGACAAGCUACAAGUUCUUGUUGACAAGUGCAAGUCCUUCCCUCUAAUAACUUAUAUGGCGGUGAACAAAGGAGGGACUUUGGUAUCCAAUGUCGGUACAAAUGAUGUGAAUGUGGUAACCUGGGGAGUCUUCCCAGCAAAACAGAUUAUCCAACCAACUGUUGUUGAUCCCGCCAGCUUCAAUGUGUGGAAGGAUGAGGCUUUUGAAAUCUGGUCUAGAGGUUGGGCUUCCUUGUACCCAGAGGAUGAUCCAUCUAGAAAAUUGCUUGAAGAGGUGCAGAGCGGCUACUUUUUGGUCAGCUUGGUAGAUAAUGAUUACAUACAUGGUGAUAUUUUUGCAGUAUUUGCAGAUUUAUGAGGCUAGCUGCUGCGCGCAGCUCCUCCAUUUUCUAAGAUCCCAUUAGAGCCACUCAAAAUGGUGUAUUUAUUAUAAGACUAAUGAUAGCUGUGUUUCAUUUUGGUGUUUUUGAAUUCUUCAUGAUAUGUAAUAAUAAUUCAUUGGGAUUUUGGUACCUCCCGCUGGGUUAUGGUACAAAAGCCCUUUCAAGUGGCGGCAAAAUUACUGGCCUAAAGCAUAUGUGUUAUUACCAUUCUUUAUUGAGUUGUCAUAAAGCUGAAGCUAUAGAGUUUACCCUUCGAUAA